AUAACGAGACACAAACUAUUCAAUGCCCUCCUCCCCGAAGAGUUCCUCCGUUUCCCAACUCCCCUGCUUCCGUUCUUUUGGCGUCCAUCUUUCUUCGGACUGCUCUGUGGAUCUUUACAGCCUGCUAAGAAGGUGAGAUAGAGUAGGAAAGCCAGUGAAAGAAAGGAAGGAAGGAAGAGGGGGAGUGGUCUAAGAUGAUGAUGAUGAUGGGAAAGGAUGAUUUAGGGCUGAGCCUCAGCUUGAGCUCCUCCAACCUGAAUCUUCAGCUCAACCUUAUGCCUCCUUCGUCGUCUCCUGCUUCCAGUCCCAGCACAUCACCGUCUUUUUAUCGCCAUCAGAAGGGCCGAUGGAGUGAUCUCGUUGUCCACUCAGCAGAGAACGGACCAGUCUUGGACGUGGGCGGGGCAGCAGCGGAGUCACGACCUGGGCCCCUGCUCCGAGGAGUCGACGUGAAUUGGACGCCGCCGGGCGGCGAGGAGAGGAACAGUGGGGAGGACGCGGGGGCGUCGUCCCCGAACAGCACGCUCUCCAGCGUGAGCGGCAAGCGGGCGGAGCAGGACCUUCAAGGACCAGCAAGCUCGCGCGGGGUCAGCGACGAGGAAGACGCCGAGGGCUCUCGCAAAAAGCUCCGCCUCUCCAAGGACCAGUCCGCCAUUCUCGAAGAGAGCUUCAAAGCACACAACACCCUCAACCCCAAGCAAAAGCUGGCGUUGGCCAAGCAGCUAAACCUGAGGCCGAGACAAGUGGAGGUGUGGUUCCAAAACCGAAGAGCAAGAACAAAGCUGAAGCAAACAGAAACGGACCGCGAGCUCCUCAAAAGGUGCUGCGACACCCUCACAGAAGAGAACAGAAGGCUGCAGAAGGAGGUGCAAGAGCUGAGAGAUCUGAAGCUCUCAGGACCUCAGUGCUACAUGCACACGACUCCCCCCACCACCCUCAGCUUGUGCCCUUCCUGCGACCGCAUUUCCAACUCCGCCACCACCACCGCAGUCUUCCACCGCUCCCGCCCUUUCUCGAUGCCCAUCCGCCGCGUUCUUAGCUCAGCCCACGCCAACCGGAGCUCAAGUUAAUCAGCAAUAGAACCAUACCACCACGAUCAUGGUACCGAGCUUUUAGCAAGAUACGGUAGGGGAGUAAGUAGAUAGUGUGAGGUACUGCUGUUGUCAGUGCAUGAAGGUGAUGGCUGUGGGGAAAUCCUGUCAGCUUUUCUUUAUGACGGGCAUUAAACUCAACUCAACUCAGACUAAAUUAGUGUUUUCUUCAAGUGUUUCAGUGAUAAAGACCAAAGCCUUCUUUAUAUAAGUACGGCUCUAAUGGUGUUCUUUCUUUCUUUCCUUCCUUCAACAUAAGUUGCUUUCCCUCUUCAUAAAUCCUAGUCAAGGAGGCCGUAUGACAGU